AUGGCGACAAGUUGGUUGCUGAAACCAUCCCUCGCCUUUCUCGCCUUGAUAACGCAGACAAACUCGGCCAUUCUAAACCCCGAUAAGAACCCCCUCCUCAACAGGGUACUCCAAUGGACCAUUUACGACCACUUUUGUGCUGGCAACAGCAUUCCUGAAGUUUCCAGCACCGUCAAGUACAUCAAGAACCUGGGCUAUCAUGGCAUCAUUCUCGGAUACUCCAAGGAGAUUGUCUUGGAUACCAACGCCGAGACUUCCCAGACUGGAGUGAACGAGUACCCCGCCGAGUACUACAGGGUGAUUGAUGAGUGGAAGAAGGGAAACAUUGAGACCCUUAACAUGAUCGAAGCGGGCGAUCUUCUCGCCAUCAAGGUGACUGGUGCUGGCCCUAUCGCUGUAGAUGCCAUGCAGGCUGGCAAGCCCAUGCCCAAGUACCUGCACGAUGCACUCAACGAGAUCUGCAACGAGACGAGGAAGAGAGGAUGUCAGCUCUGGAUCGACGCGGAACAGCAAGUUCUGCAGAACACACUCGACGACUGGACCAUUGUGUUGAUGCGGGAGCACAACCGAGACGGCAACGCAUUGGUCUACAACACAAUCCAGGCAUACCUCAAGGGCGCCAGGGCAAACGCCGAGAAGCACAUCACCCUGGCUGCUCAAGAGGGCUGGACGGUAGGCAUUAAGCUAGUCCGCGGCGCCUACAUCGAGAAUGAGGUCCGAUCUCUGAUCCACGACACGAAGGAGGACACAGAUCGUUCAUAUGACGACAUUGCCGACAUGUUCAUCUCCCGAAGAGCUCCUAAAAACGCCGCCAACCUCAAAUUCCCCGACGCCGCUUUGGUGCUGGCAACCCACAACGCUGAAAGCGCCCAAAAGGCCCUCCAAACACACCGUCAACGCGUCGCAUCCGGCCAACCCACCGUUCCGAUGAAGUGCGCCCAGAUCAUGGGCAUGGCGGACGAGCUGAGCUGCAAGCUCCUCCAGGACUACGAGAAGGCGGCUAGCCAAGGCAAGAUCACGGCGGAGACACCGCGGAUCUUCAAGUGCCUACCCUGGGGGUCGGUGCAGGAAUGCAUCGGAUACUUGUACCGACGGGCGGUUGAGAAUCGGGGCGCUGUGGAGAGGACGCAGCAUAUGGCUGAGGCAAUGAGAAAGGAGCUUCGGCGAAGAGUGUUUGGGUAA